AUGCCAGGCUCAAGAGGAAAGUUUUUGAAGCAGCAGGCCAGGGAGGAAUCCGGGACGGGAGAGGCUCUUGUGCCAGUGCCAGGGGGAGGGGGUGCCGCCGAGACAGCUGUCUGGAGGCAGGCGCUGGUGGGGCGCUCAGCUAGGCGUUCUUCGGUCGCUUCGGUCAUGGAGGCGGCGGGCGAAGGGCAAGAGCCAUCUGCGGGGCCCGGAUCGGGGCCGAGCGGCUCCGAGGAGAUCGACCUGUCCUUGGAUGACAUCAUAAAGCGUAACAAGAAAGGACAGACCCAUAUAACGGCAACAGGGAACAGAUGGAGGCAGAGGCUCAAGAACAGAAGUGCAUCCUAUAGCAAUGGAAGACCUCCGUUCCGGAGGUGGGUACCACAAAAGAUGGAAGGAACCUACAGGUUUCGAGGAGGGUUUAGAAAACAGCAGUAUUACAGAAAACAGUUUUGGAAUGGCAUGACUGGUCCCAGACAAAGAAUGGCCCCCAGGCCAAAUGGCACAAGUCCCUUAAAUCGGCCAGCAUCAUCUGAACAGCAGGGCAAGCAGGAUGAAACCAUAUCAGAGGGGAACAGUGAUGGAGUGGCAGCCAGUCUGCAGCAGGGGCAGCCCACAUGGGCCAAGCGGUUCAGACAUCCAAAUCCUUUCCCACCUGCAAAAAGGCCUUUCCAACUAAAUCGAAGACCAGCUUUUAUGCAGAGGCAAACCAGGUUCAACUUCAGCAGAAGGCAAAAAGAGUCUACAGACAGAAAACAGCCACGGACGAGAAGGUGGCAGCUUCAACCCAGCUCUGGAGCUGUCCUGACCAUCUCUGUGUCUAACUUCCAAGCUGGUCAAAUAAAAAUGCCAGGAGCCAAGCGCCCAUUCUUGAGAGGGAGAAGCACCUCAACAAAGAUGAUCCAUCCCAAGCCCAAGGGAGUGCCUUUGAGGUUCAACUUCCGUGCCAUGGCGAACCAGACAAGCUUGACAUUGAAUGAAAGGUUCUCUGGCCUGUGGCACAAGCGUCACUUUACAGCACUAACAAACACAAGCCGUAUGGUCACUCUGCCGUAACUUUGCCCGCUUGGUGGAUCCAGACCAGCUCUGGAAAAGGAGUCGGUCACUGAACCCUACUGAUUUUCUGCCACUUCCUUAACAAUGGUUUGGGAUCACCUCGACACAGUUAUGGACUCAUCUAACCUAACACCAAUGAGAGUUCUGCACAACUGCGGUCCACAGACCAGAGU